UGGUAAGUAGAGGAAUUGGGCGCUUAUUAAGUCUUCGCGCUCUCCACGAUGUCGAUUAACGAGAGACUCAAGAUUGUGGCCAAAACUGCUUUACACCGACUAGUUACUGAAGGAAGACUGUCGACUCCAAUUUCCUCCAGAGAGCUAUUGGUUCGUGUCAUCACCUCCAAGCUUCCUUGCGACCUCUUCCCAGACACCUCUACACCUCCUAGGUUCCGUCUUACGGAUAUUUCUCUAUUCGAAAACAUUAUCACGGAACUUUCUCGCGAUUGGGAUCAAGCAGAAAUUGGGUUUACGAAGGACAAUAACGAAUUCAUCGUGAUUGAUAUCUUGCUUCCCAACGGACAGUCCACAUCUAGCAAUACCGCUUCAUGUUCACUCGCCAAUUCGAGGAAGAGGAAACACGUAGUAGACGAAGAAGCUGAUUCUGCUGCAGGAGAUGAACCCGAGGAACUCAGUGGGGAGCAGCAUGGAACGCUUUCCAUAUCGCGUCUCAGCAAGCAACAGAGGGAAGUUUAUACGAUUCUACAGAAAAGUACAGCAAAGGGCCGGCUUAUGGCGGAACAGUUUAGAUCCCAAGACGGCGCAUUCGAGCCUAUAUGCCCUCAUAUUACUAAAGACGAAUGCGCAAAAGCUCGUACGCUGGAUUCAUCCAUCACGCCUUCUUCGUCUUCUGCAGCCGGCAGCAUUUGUGAUCGUGUCCAUUUUAGACCACUCAUCCGGCCACAUACGGAUCCUAGUCUGGGCCAUUGCUCUUACCUCAACACAUGUUACUCUGAACCUACAUACGCCCAAUCUCCUUCGAUCCCUCCAUUUCCUGGGGCAAUGCAUGUAUUAGCACCUGGUUCUCGAGGUCCCACAUCUCUUCCCUCCGGUCUUGGAGCUGGAGGAAGGGGAAAGGAGAAGGCUCCUUGCAAAUACCUUCACUAUGAAGUUGAUUGGGACGGAAGUGAUGGCGAUUGGUCGAGAGGUAAUACUAGAGGUGGAGAGGUCGUGAGGAAGAAGCUACAUAGAUUGCCAGUUGGACUCGGCCCCUCUGGGAAAAGUAUGAAGAUGCUCCCGCCACAGUGGAUCAAUUGUGAUUUACGACGCUUCGACUACUCCGUUCUUGGCAAGUUUCAUGUCAUCAUGGCCGAUCCUCCUUGGGACAUUCAUAUGAGUUUACCGUAUGGUACUAUGACCGACGACGAAAUGCGUGCCAUGCCCAUUCCCGCAUUGCAGGACGAAGGUCUUCUUUUCCUUUGGGUAACAGGACGUGCCAUGGAAGUCGGCAGGGAAUGUCUUCGUGUCUGGGGUUACACGCGUAUUGAUGAAGUCAUCUGGCUGAAGACGAAUCAGUUGCAACGAGUUAUUCGUACAGGUCGGACGGGUCAUUGGUUGAACCAUACAAAGGAACACAUGUUGGUUGGCGUCAAAACAAAUUUGGAUGAGAAAGGCGAACUCGAAAUUCCGUCCUGGGUCAAUCGCGGUUUGGAUACGGAUGUUGUCGUCUCGGAGGUCAGAGAGACUAGUAGAAAGCCGGAUGAGGUGUAUGGGUUGAUUGAGAGAAUGUGUCCUGGGGGACGGAAGGUAGAGAUUUUUGGGAGGAAGCAUAACACCAGGCCCGGGUGGCUGACGUUGGGGAAUCAAUUAGGACCCGACCAGAUCUUUGAAGAAGACCUUGCUGCUCGUAUCCAAACUAGGUACCCGGAGCGCGCUACUAACGCCAUGCAAAAUGUACAAGGAAAUACCCCAUAUUAGAUUCAUCCAUACCAAAUU